AUGCUCGAGUACCUGAGCACGGCAAAGAAUCCUAUCCAUGGCUUCGAAGCACUAUCAAGAGACUUUAUUGAGCUGUGCCAGGAACUAUGGUCCAUCGAAGCUGGCGUCACUGAAGCUAGCAAAUCACGUAAUGCAUUCCCAGUUGAGGUAUCUCAGGAGCUUGACAGGCGGCUACGUCAGGUCACCGAGGAGUUUUUGGUUCUCAGCCAAAUGGUCAACAAAUUCGUCGACAAAGAAAAUCACAAGGGCGGCUUCGGCAUGAAGUUCCGGAUGAUGUUCGCCGACACUGACGUAGACAAGAUGCGACACACAUUAGCACGGAGCCGAGACGCAUUAAAAGUCAGUUCUGCCAUGUUCAGAUGGUCCCUUGGGGACGCCAAAGCGGAUGCUUCUAUGGGAAUCGGCUACGCAGGACUAAUCGCAGCGCUGGAGCGUCUAAGUCCGACCAAAGCUGCAAGCCUUCCAUCUAUCCACUCGGCUCCAUCACCGAGCCUCCCACCUACGCCACCUACGAAAGCCGGUAGCCAUCAUGGAACUCAAGCUUCAGCACCGAUUUCACAGAGUCUACAGAGACCAUAUGUGAACGAGCUUCGGUAUGGCGAGGGACACGCGUACGAGAGUGAGAUUUCGCAGUACCGACCGGUUGAGAUGGGAUUGUCACCAGGAAUUGUGGAUCUCCACAAGAACUGGCGAGCACCGGCUAGUGCUCGUUCAAACGAAUCAACAAGGGAAACGCAGUAUCACCAUAAUGUCAACUAUCACGAAGAUCCGUUAUACGAGGAAGUCGCAUCAUCACAUUCUGGUCGCUCACCGACCAUGGAGGAGAAGUUGCACGGCCUUACUGUUCACGAGCGCUACUUGGACGAGCAUCACCCUCCCCACAAGGUUGACUCUCCCAUAACAUCACCACACUGGGCACCGCGUCAGAGCGGUGCUUCAAAGCAUGCUGGCGGUAAAGCUGCAGUAUUCCUCGCUGUUGAGCAAGGCAGGCAUCGUACGCUCGAGCAACUGCUUGAGGGUGGUGCACGAGCUGAGCCACACAUGGAGUCUGCUAUGCUCCGAGUUGCCGCAGAGAAGGAGGACGUGGAGAGCGUUGCAAUUCUUCUGAAAUACGGGGCAGAUGCUAACGGCUUCGACCGCGAGGGUAUCACUCCCUUGUUCGCUUCCACUCGUGCUCAGUGCAUCGAAUGCGCCAAGAGGCUGCUCAAGCACGGCGCUGAUCCCAAUUUGUCGGCUGGUCCCGAUUCAGAGUCGCCGUUAUCGCUGGCUGCGUCUCAGAGUUAUAUUGAGUUUGUGAAGUUAUUCCUUGCUCAUGGCGGCGAUGCCGGCUUUAUUAUGGAGAAUGGCUCCACGGCACUUAUCUCAGCGAUGAACAAGACCACUUCACCGAAGUGUGUCGAGGUGCUUCUUAGCGCAGAAGGCGAUGCCGACGCAAAGAAUGGAGAAGGAACAACUGCCUUGUUCCAGGCUAUACAGGUAAACCGUGUUGAUUUGAUGACGGUACUGCUCGAUCAUGGAGCGAACCCUAACCUUCCCGGUCCCAAGCACCCACUUUGGCCAUCAACAUACAAACCCAAGGCCCUCCAACUGCUUCUACAGCGCGGCGCCGACCACAAGAAGACUCCAGGUGUCAUGGAACUGGCAUCUAGUCUGAAAAAGCUCGAGUCCAUCAAGAUUCUCAUGAAUGCCGGUGUAUCACCCAACAUACGAAAGGAUAAUGUCUACACGCCACUGUGCUCAGCGAUCCGCGACAACAGCGCUGAAAUCGUCACCUACCUGCUUGAAAACGGUGCCGACCCAAACUUCAACGCAGCAGAGUACCCAGCCUUCAAGUGCAUCACACACAAGCGCACGCAGUUCCUCCCCCAACUCGUUGCCGCCGGCGCCGACCUCCACAAGCCCAAGGGCAUAAUUGAGACAGCCGUCAAAUUCAACAACAAAGACGUGAUCGUCUACCUCCUCGACCAAGGAGUCAACCCCAAUGACCGCACCCCAGACGGCUGCACCGCCCUCACAACUGCCAUCCGCGAGAACCACCUGGAGCUCGUCGACCUCCUCCUCACACGAGGCGCCGACCCCUCCAUCCGCGGGCAAGACUGGCCCCUCUGUAUGGCCGUCCAACGCCCACCUAUCCUCAAACGCCUACUAGCCGCAACCACCAAUCCACGCGCCUUCCGCGGCGUUGUAGAAAUGGCUGUCGUAGCCAACCAACUUGAAAGCAUCAAGCUCCUCCUCGCUGCCGGCGUCAGCGUUGAAGACAAAAACUGCGGCGUCUUCUCCCCUCUCACAACCGCCAUCCGCGAGGAGCGCAAGACAAUCGUCCGCUACCUCCUCGACGUCGCAAACGCCGACCCCAAUGCCCCUGGCGAACACCUCCCCAUUGUCAAAGCUCUUCGCCGCUACUCGGGCGACCCCGAAAUCAUCCAGAUGCUGCUUACUCGUGGCGCUGACAUCAACAAAAUGCACCGUGGCUGGAACGCUAUACUGCAGGCGGUGGAGAAUGGCGACGCUGAGAUUCUCAAGCUGCUGAUUGAUAUGGGUGGAGAGGCGGAUCUACAGGCUGUGGAUGAGAGUGGCAGGGCGGUUGUGGAUAUCGUGACGGAGAGGGGGUGGGAGGAGGGCCUCAGAUUGCUUUUCCCGGAUCCGAGGGCUGGUUCACCGAAGGGUAUGGCUGCGGCGGCGUCGGCGAAGAAGGUGGGGGAGAAGGGUGGGGAGGAAUGGUCGAGGUAG